UGAGUUUAGAGAUGAAGUAAGAAAAGAACCCCCAGAAAUUGCAACCGAAGAUUCAGAAGAACACGAAGUCGAAGCCAUACUAGACAAGAGAACAUACUACCGUCACCUACAGUACUUAGUAAAAUGGAAAGGUCACCCACUAUACGAUGCUACUUGA